AUGCAGGCGAAGAAACGUUACCUGUUGGCCUUCCUAUCAUGUGCGUUCCUAGCUUACUGCUACUUCGGCGGAUACAGGUUAAAAAGUGAACGUGCCGCGCCUGCCUAUUAUGAAAGUUUGCCCUCUUACAUCGGCGUGGAAGAUCAGCUGUACGACCGAGAUUUGGAAGCCUCUCCGAGGCACAGACGGACAGAACCGAGUGUCAAAGCACAAGGAGGUUCCGGCACGCCGGCGUGCCGCAUGGAGACGUGUUUCGACUUCAGCAAGUGUGAGAAUGACUUCAGAGUGUAUGUGUAUCCGAUCUAUGAAGAUCCCGACAGUGGGACCGUACUGACGCCCAGCCCCUUGUACCAGAAAGUGCUAAAUGUGAUUCAAGAGUCGCGCUACUAUACGUCUGAUCCUAGUCAAGCCUGCCUUUUUGUUUUAGGUAUCGAUACGUUAGACAGAGAUAGUCUUUCGACUGAUUACGUACGCAAUGUUCCUGCACGGCUGCAAAAACUCAGGUUGUGGAACGACGGUCUGAACCAUGUGAUCUUUAAUCUUUAUUCGGGCACUUGGCCCGACUACCUGGAGGAUAACCUAGGUUUCGAUCCCGGCAAAGCUAUCCUCGCCAAGGCGAGUGUGUCGCUAACGCACCUGAGGCCGGGUUUCGAUGUCUCCAUUCCCCUGUUUCACAAAAACCACCCGGAGAGAGGCGGUGAGUCGGGAUACGUGACAACCAAUAAUUUUCCAGUGACUAAAAAGUACUUACUCGCGUUUAAAGGGAAACGUUACGUCUACGGGAUAGGUUCGGAAACCCGGAACUUGCUCUAUCAUCUGCAUAAUGAGAAGGAUAUCGUGCUGGUGACGACGUGUCGGCACGGCAAGAGCUGGAAGGAAUUGAAGGACGAUCGGUGCGAGAAGGACAACACAGAAUACGACAGGUAA